AUGGCUGCGAUUUUUCUCUUACUGGCUCUGCUUCUACUGUCGGAGAGAUCUUUGUCGGUUCCGAUAUGCGAGGCGGAGAAGUAUGUGUCGGCUUUGGGAGACGGAGGAAUGAGGAACCGUAAUACGAGAAUCGCAUUGGAAGCUUGGAACUUCUGUAAUGAAGUUGGUUCCGAAGCUCCUACAAUGGGAAGCCCUAGACUCGCUGAUUGCGCCGACCUGUCUUGCCCAAUCCUCGCAGAAGAUCUAGACCAGAGGCUUGGAAGCAAGUGUGAAGUGUAUCAUUGGGUAAAUGACACAGACAAUAAGUUAGCUGCUGGAGAUAAGUUUCCAGUUUCUGGUUUCACAUCCUAUAGAGAUCCUGACUUGUUUGCGAGUGAGAAAGAACGGUAUUUAGGAUCUUUGUGCAAGGUUCAAGACAAUGAAGAAGAGCCUUGGUUUUUCUGGAUGAUAAUGCUUAAGAAUGGGAAUUUCGACAAGAACUCUACGCUCUGCCCUGAGAAUGGGAAGAAAGUCGGUAAAAUAGUUACCGGGAGAAAUUUCCCGUGUUUCGGGCAAGGUUGCAUGAACCAGCCUCUUGUUUACCAUAACUAUUCGAGGCUUAUUGCUGAUGAGAAUGGGACAAUGCAUUUGACUGGAGGAUUCAAUGGAACAUAUGACCUUGAUGGCAAAGGAGCAGGGAAAACAUCUUUCUUCUCUGUUUCAUGGAAAAAGAAUGUACAAAGUGGGAGUUGGGUAUUCUCGAAUACAUUGACGACUUCUACAAAAUACCCAUGGCUCAUGUUGUAUAUUCGUGCGGAUGCUGCAGAAGGUUUUAAUGGUGGUUAUCACUAUAAUGGCCGUGGCAUGAUGAGAAAGCUACCCGAGUCUCCGAACUUCAAAGUGAAGCUGACGCUUGAUGUUAAACUCGGUGGAGGACCCAACAGCCAAUUCUAUCUGAUUGACAUAGGAAGCUGUUGGAAAAACAAUGGUCAUCCAUGUGAUGGAGAAGUUUUGACGGAUGUAACUAGAUACAGCGAGAUGAUUAUUAACCCGGCAACUACAAGCUGGUGUCGCCCGGAUAAUUUAGUAUCAUGUCCUCCAUAUCAUACAAGUGCCUCGGGUGAGAUCAUACACAGGAACGAGACAUCACGGUUCCCAUAUUCUGCUUAUCAUCUAUAUUGCAGCCCUGGAAAUGCACAACAUCUAGAGAGACCAUAUGAUAUUUGUGAUCCAUACAGCAAUCCUCAAGCGCAAGAAUUGAUCCAAAUUCUGCCUCAUCGAGAAUGGUCGGUCCAUGGAUAUCCCGAGAAGCAAGGAGACGGUUGGAUUGGGGAUUCAAGGAGUUGGGAGCUCGAUGUUGGAGCUCUAUCGAGUCGUCUCUACUUCUACCAAGACCCAGGAAGCAAACCAGCAAAGCGCGUUUGGACAUCGAUCAAUGUUGGUACUGAAAUAUAUGUUAGCAAUAGACAAGAAACUGCAGAGUGGACAGUGAGUGACUUUGAUGUGUUGGUUCCAGAACAAAAAGCAAUAUCAUCAUGA